CUGAGGCUCAUUCCUGCACUGAAACCAUCUGCUGAGCGCCUGACACGGAGACACAGAGACAGUGAGAGAGAAACUGUGACAGAGACAGAGAGGAGACUCCUCCAGGCCUAAUUUCAGCUGUUUUUUUAAUUUUUGAACAGAAUGAGAGGCUAAAGAAAACUGACUUUUUCUCCACUUGGAAGGUUUUGUCGAUUUGGUGGAUUAAACACAAUGGAUCAGGUAUGUAGCCCUUUAACGACUUCAAACCCUCCCUCUUAGAGGACUUGUUUUCCGUUUCUGUCCUCUAAGUAUACUGUUUCUACUUUAAGUCUACAGUUUCAUAUCAAAAUAAUAUCAGAUAAAUCCUCAGAAAGCUCUGAUUUAUCAUCUGUAAAGCUGAAAGGGUCAUUGCACAAUAAUCUGAAUCUUAAUCUAAACAGGCUAAUUUGAAGAUUUUGAGGUUCACUCUGGAUGUUUAUUCAUAUUUACUGCAAAAACUUUAAACGUAAUACCUUUUUGUCUCAUACCUGGUUCAAAAAAAUAUCUCAUUAGACCACAUGUGUCACACUAACCUGACAGGUCCGGAUAAACGUCGUAUUUCAAGUCAUUACAAGCCAAAAAUAAGGCCUACAUUUAUUGAAAUGGGACAAAAUCUGUGAAUGGGGCAAUAAAGGUGUUCUUGCUAAUUUCAUUCAGUUGAGACAUUAUAUCUUCCUGAAAUAUGCAGGUGAACUAUUGUGACCUAUCAGACAUUAAAUAGAACAAGACACUAGUUUAGUGUACUAUAAUCUGGGUGAAUGUUAGUCAUCAUAUCAUCUUUCUUUUUUUUUUUUUUUUUUAAUAAUUCUGACUCUCUAACAUCCCGUGUGUAGAAAAUUUUAUUCAGAUAAAUGCCAAAAAUUUCCCCCUACUUUGUCCAGAAGAAACAUGCUUUAAACCCGGAGUGUGAUUCUGUUGUGAAAUAUAACACUGAUGAUCAACACUGUCAGGAAUUUUAGAGUAAUAAAACAGUAAAAUGCUCACAGCAGUUUACUUUACUGUAACCUACUGUCAUUUUUCCUCCAUUUUUUGACCAAUUUUCUUGCCAGUUUUUGACCAUCUCUUGGUUGAUUUUUGGCAGUUUCAACCACUUUUGAAUGUUUUAUUUUAGCCAUUAUUGGCCAGUUUUGACUGUUAUUUCACUGUUUCUUUGGUAGUUGCUGCACAGAUUGGAUUUGUUUGAAAAAAGGUGGCAUCUGUUUUUAUUUUUGAUAAAAAAUGGCACCCAAACAGGAACUCUAAGAUAAAGUUUUAAACUUCUUUAAUGAACAGAGCUUCAACAGGACUUUGUGGACAAUAAGAAAUUAGUGUCAAAAUGCAAUUAGACUGUCAGAAGUUACAUGACAACUAAGGAAAAUGAAAACCAUAAAAAGCAUCAAAUCAUAGAAAAAAAUAAGAAAAAAGUUGAAACAUACUUUCUUGUGCACAGAUUUAUAACCUACAUCAGAAAACAAUCACACCCAUCCUGCUGCUUUAUGAAGUUAAACCACAGUUAUCUACUGUUUUUGUGGGUUGACAGCAUUAAUUAAUACCAUUUAUCUAGCAGUGUUUUACAGAAAUACACCGUAAGAUACCGUCCUACAUCCACCUUACAUUUACAGGAAUCUGUUACAGUGUUUUCUCCAUCCUAUCUUGUCUUCUCAGACACCAUCAGCUGAAUGUGUCUCUGACCUGUUGACCUCACAGUAAUGUGUCACAUGUAAUUCCUCCUCAGGAGAACUCACUGGACUUUCAGGCCCUCAGGGCAAAGUUUCAGGAAGAAGACAUCCACUAUAAGCAGCCGAAGAUCAAACCCGCUCUGCCAGAGAAACCAAAGGUUGUCCCCCCACCCUCCAGCCCCACCCACUACCUGCCCGCAGGGGCCCGCCCCUCCCUGCUCACCUCCAUCAGCCAGUCCUUGGAGGGGAAGUCUCAGGUCGCCCCCAGAGUGGUCUUUAAGGACGAUAAGAAGGAGAGCAAGAAGCCUCUGCUCCUAAAUCACGGUAAGGGGAAGGAGAAGAGUGAGAAGGUGAAGAAAGGGAAGGACAAGGCAACAAAGGGCAGUAAAGAGCAUCUGGACCAGGAUUUACCCCAGGACAAGCCGAAGAAGGAGGGCAAAGAGAAAAGGAUCUCCAUAUUUCCCCUCACGCCAAAGGAAAACACCACAGAGCUGGUGCCAGUGGCACCUCCACCUAAGAAUACAGUGACAAAGAAGAAAGGCUUCCUCGGCUUCAGAAAGUCCAUGAAGAAAGAGACAGUGGAGGUGCCCUCAGACCCCAUCCUGGACAUUCCCAGUACAGAAGUUCCCGGGCCAGUUCCUCUGAUCCCGGUACCAUCUGACUUUGAUGACACCCUGCCUGAGCCCGAAACCAGCCCCCUGAGGGCUCUGCUCCCAAACAUCCCUACCCUUCCUGACCCCGGUACUGCUGUGGAGGUGACCCCAUCCUCCAUCACCCCAGACUCCCCUGACCUUACCCAGCCCCCCGCCCUCAUCCCUGCAGUCCCCCAGAGUGAAACCUCCUUUCAGGUAGAAACUCCAGCUUUGAACAUCUCCAGACCAGUCAGUCAGAACGACCUCAGUCCACCCAGCGCCAUCCCCACGCCCCCACCCGGCCAAGCUGCUCCUCCAGUCAUCUCCACCCCCUCCCCCACACCCCCUGAACCGGUGGCUGUAGCUGAGCCUGAUAUUGAGGCCAUGAUCAGGGCAGCAGUGGAGAAACCCCCCACGCCAGUCAUAGAGCCUCCAUCUAAGACACCAUCUCCCAAACUGGAGCGCCCGGUCUCUGCCCUGUCAGCCCUGGAGAGGGCGGAGGAGCUGAGUCCGGCCAAGAAGACUGUACCCUGUGACCAGAGGAUCUUCAACGCCCUGCAGAAAGCCCGCAAGAAGACCCCCAGGUAAACCGCCCCCACCUUUUUCACACACAAACUCAGAAGGUUCCAAACUGUCAGAGCUUACUCUGUUUUUUCUUUCCAGCUCUAUGUCAAACCCCACCUCCACCUACUCCAUCACCCCUCCUCCUGAAGAGUACCCCCCUCCUCAGAGUCCCACCAACUCUUUCCCAGAGCUCCCACCUAUUGACUAUGAGGCUGGAAAAAUGCCUCUGGUCAACGGCCUGGACCACAGUAAGUUCGACUCUCUCAGAGUGUUUACAUCUUGGUUCUGAUUCUGAUCCUGGUUCUGAUCAUAUUGAUGAUAUGGUGUUCAAAUACACAUGGAGAAACCUAGUUCUGAUUACAGAAGUUUAUUCCUAUAGAUGCCUGGGAUCGUUACAUUUAUACCUCAAACCACAGGGAUUUAGAAAUCAGAGGAAAACCAGAGUACUGUGGAUCAUAAUAGACUGACCACUAUUGAAUUAUGAUUUAGUAUUUAAAUUUAGUGUUUAAAAAAAAGUCUGAAAUUUGUCUGGAAUUACCACAAAAUGUCAGCAUCAAGCGCAGAUGUGGUGCACUGUUGUUAUGACUGUUGCAACAUACUGAUGUCAGUCAUAAAUGUCUGUUUUAAAAAAUGACACUGAUAUUCAGAGAUUCAUUAUGAAUCAAAGACAACAUCAGGUUAAUCUUCAGAUUACUGAUAAAUGAAACAUUUUACUUUUUAACUUGAACUGUUUUUUUUUAGUCAGUUCAGUGACUUCCUGUCUAUGAGAUGUAGCUUAAACUUCAAAAUAAAAGCACAUUUUUACCAUAUGGAAAAUAAAGGAACCUAAACACAAGAUAGGAAACUAUCAAAAUAAAAUCAUGACAGACAAUCUGAAAUUUUGAAAUAGUAUUCUUAUCAUGAUGUUUUAUGCUAAAAAGCUGAUAUUAUGACGGCCCUCAUUGUAGUAAUGCGUCUUCAGUACUGCCUUAUGUGGUCUGACUCACUCUUCUGUUUGUGUUGGUAAACCAGCAUCCUGUAUCAUGUUCAUCUCAGAACACGAUCAGUGUUUUGAUACUUUCUCCGUCUAAACUUUAAAUUAACUCAUUUUAUUACCCCAAAAACACUCAGUUUCUUUGUUGCUCCAGAUGUAAAAUCUUCGUGUUGCAGCGGCCAUGUUUAUUUUGAGACUCCGCUUGGCUGGAGUCUCACCUGUGUAGGUAGUCAGCAGCUGUUAGAAAACAGGGUAAGGCGUAUAGAUGCCACAUUAUGCUGUUUCUCCGGGAGUUCCCCAGGUUGAAACAUUUGGUUUCUCCAAACCAGAGAACUUAUCCCUCACUGCAAAACCUCGAAUAUAAGUGUCUUUGUGUCAUUCCCUGUGAAAUGUGACAUAAUGAGUUAAACAUAAGCCACCUGACAGGUAUAGAAAAUAUAAUUUUAGAGAUAUAACAUGCAAGAAAUAAUACUUGAAUUAAUUUUAAUGAGUAAAAACAGAAAUCUUAGAAUGGAAUAAGAAAAAAUACUUGCCAAGCAUUUUUAUAUUUUGAGAAAGUGAGGUCUGCGCUUGGAAAGGUAACUUAUUCUAUUUCCAUCAGCAAACGUCUUUUUCAGAUCCUAUAUUUGGUGUCAUAUCUUUAAAUAUUGACUUGUCAGGUGACUGUGAUUUGAAUAUAUCCUAACAAGUCAUAUUUCACUCGAAAUAAGACAGAAACGUUUGCUGAGAUUUGGAUUUUUGCUGUAUCAUUUCUGAAGUCAGGUUCUGAUAUUUUCAUGAACAAACCAGCCCAGCUCAAGCCCAAGUAAACGCAGUCAUUUCUACACACUUUUCAUUCUGUUGUCGUUUCAUUUCUUUUUUUGUUUCUUUUCUGAGAGCGUUUACCUGACGCUAAAACUCACAGCAGCAUAUCUCAACAUCAGUGUGUCAGGUACGUGGUGUGCACCUGUGCAGCUGCGCAUCAUCAUUUGUUUCAAGAAGGAAACCUGGAAUGUGCAGUAUGGUUUAUGCUGCAGGGUGGCCUCAGGUGUUGUUAGAAAACACACACACACACACACACACACACACACGACCUGACAUCCUGACAUUCGUCCUCUGUGCCAGAAACAACUGAGCAGCAGGCAGGGCAGAGCUGCAGGAAUGUGAGCGAUGAAGCAGCAGGUCCAUCAGAGACACAAACACAGUUUAUAACAUCAGUCACACACUGAGAGUGAGUCUGCUGCUGCUGUCUGCACUUCACUCACUCUCAUUAGAAAAAGAUGUUCAAACCUUAGCAGAAUCUAUCUAUCUAUCUAUCUAUCUAUCUAUCUAUCUAUCUAUCUAUCUAUCUAUCUAUCUAUCUAUCUAUCUAUCUAUCUAUCUAUCUAUCUCCAUUUGUAUAGUACUUUUCACACAAAGGAAAGAGUACUUGACUCUACCAAACCCCAUCCCCGUCCCCUCAUCCCCGCUUUGCAAUCCAAACACAACAGGCGAGUUAUAAAAUGCAUUGACUGAAUCGAGCUUCAUUUAGUCAAAGCAGGAUUAUGUGCCCUGAGUAAAUGCCACCUUAAAAUUCAAAAUGCCAGGACACAAACCUCCCACCGUUUUCUCUGAAGUGCAGACCCAUUUUUUUUUAGAAAAUAAGUAAAGCAAGUAAGAAAAAAAAGUGAGGUUUAUCAUAAGAGAUGAUACAGUUACUAAAAAUGCUGUUGAAUUUGACAAAAGAAAUAUUUAAGUCAAAAACCAAAACUUUUGCACGAUCAGUCAGAUACAUGAAGUCAGCAGUCAAGAAGAUGAAGAUGGUAAACACAAAGACAGAACCAAAGUCUGGUCUCUGUCUUGGUCCACCAACCCUCACUCCCUCCUCCUCCUCCUCCUCCUCCUCCUCUUCCUUUGUCUCUCAGAUUGUCUCCAUCCAUCUCUUACAUCACCUUUAGCUAACCUGUGCUCUAAGCUGGUUUAUUCUGGUUUCAUCUCAUCAUUUGCAUUAGGUGUGUUUUGUUUAAAAUCUGAGAGUGCAAACUUUGACACCUUUGCUGUAAUUAUAUUUUACUUCUGACACAUGUGGUUACCUUCAUCCAUUCCAGAUUUAUCACGUGUAAAAUAUUGGAUUUGUUUAGAGAGUGUAUUUUGGGUGUUGCUAAGAAAGUGACUGAGAUCGUCAAAGUGUGACUGACUUGGUAAAAGUUUUGAAGAUUUUACCAGAAGAGAUAUAAGUUCAGUAAAGGGCUCAGACCACUCACCAUUUAAAAGUUUUAAAAAAUUUGUGAAUAUAAUUAGUUUAAAGAAUCUCUAACAGACAAUCUGGGGUCAGGAAUGAGCUGUGGAAGAUAUCAGCAAGUGAAAAGUAUAAAAAAAAAGAUCUCAUCCACAAGUGACAGUGACAUGAUUGCAGUGACAUAGCUCCUUAUCAACAGAUCUGCCGAGUCAAAAACGCUGAACCGUGAGAUUUGUGAGAAAAGGAAAAAGCUGCUGCAUCACUCUCAACAAAAUGACACUGUCAAAAGCAGUGAUUUAUCCUGCAGGGCAUGAAAGUCGUUGGUCUAGUCACUUUGUUUGUAUCUUGGUGCAACUUUUGUGUUUCUGAACAGUGAGUUUGGACCUAAUACAUUAUUUGGGUUUAGAUAGGACAGAGGUAGACCAGCAACACCUGUAUAGGCCAAUUAAAACUCCAGGUUUCCUCAUCCUCGUCUGGUGUGUUUAUCAAGGAGACAUUUUUAGAGGAUACAGUUUAGAUAAGUGUUGCAUUCGAGUGUUAUUGCAGGUGCAACAGUCUGUCUCAUCACCUGAUUUGAUCUACUGGAUCUACUGUAGAACUUUUAAUGUCAGCUGUACCCCCAGUUUGUGCCACCUUUCAUUUGAACCACAGUACUGACACUGUAAGCUGAACAAUUUCUGCUCUGGUUGCUGAGUUCUUAAUAGAAAAGAAGUUCUCUUUCUUGUAAUGAAGAAAAGAGGCAGUUCAUUAAUUAUAUCAGAAUACAGAGUUAACUUUAACUGUAAAGAGGAGCUUGAAAGCCAAAGUUACAGACACAGAACAAAGAGGUGUGUUUGAAGUUUUGUCCACUGUCAGUGUCUUCGUAGGACUGUCCUGGUUUCUCUCUGUGAGUGUAUUAUCUCCGCUCUGCAGAGUUUUAUCACAACAACAUUCACACUGUGUUAGACUGGUUUGGUUUCCUCGAACUGAAUUCUUCCACCCUGCUCUCUCUCUCUCUCUCUCUCUCUCUCUCUCUCUCUCUCUCUCUCUCUCUCUCUCUCUCUCUCUCUCUCUCUUUCUCUCUGUUAGACUUCCUCGUUGUUCAGCUGAAGUCUUUUGUGUUUUACUCUUGCUGCCUUAUCAUGUUGGAAUCUUGCUGUAAAAAUAAGGAUUUCCUGUAUCGAAUCGCCGUCGAAUCCAGAUUAACGUUCACAUAUUUAAGGUGUCAGCUGCAGCCUGUAACCCUCUAUUAGAGCUGAAAUUAACCUAGGUUUAAAUAUGUCAAAUUUGAGUGCAUCCACUAAAACUGCUUAUUUUAAGAGGCGGUGUCAUGCCCUUUCAUAUUUUACAGACAAACUAGGACGUCCAAAUGUCAGAUGUGGAUACUGAAUAUGGUUAGAGUGUAAAACUGUGGGUUAAGAUGUUGGAGUAAUGAGACAUCAAAAACUCACACAGGAAUUAUGUGAUAGCCAUGCCAGAUUUGAUCAGUUUGUGACAUAACCAGUCAAAAAAACCACAAUAAUAUUAUUAAUAAUCUUGUUGGGGUUUUUAUGUGCCUUUCCAAACUUUUCCAGGUCAGUUUUGGAGUACAAAACAUGCCGCAAUACAUCAACAUUUGUAAAGGCAGUCAGUGUGUUUACCUGACCAGUUGAAUGGAGCUACAGUUAGAGACUUAAACCAUUGUCCUCCCAGUAUGCUCCUAGUUUACAAGAACUGGGCAGGGAUUUACUGAAAAAGUUUGAGUGUGACCUCAGUUAAGCUCACAGAUCUCUGGAGUUGGUACUUCCUGAAGUUGGUUGUUGAGUUUCUGAACUACUGACUUGACUGGUCAGUUUUUGCUGUAAAAUACAGUGGCCGUGAGGUGCAAAACACAACGGCAAAACAGAAAACACAACACAAAAACAGAAAACACAAUGCAAAAAGAGAAAACGCAAUGGUUAAUGUUGUUGUUUUUUCUGAUUUGCUGUUGUGUUUUCUCUUUUGUGUUGUGUUAUCUCUUUUGUGUUGUGUUUUCUGAUUUGCUGUUGUGUUUUGCACCUCAGGGCCACCAUAGUAAAAUGACCGAUCGUGUCAAAAGUUGACCAGCAACUCCAUUAUUCUGUGAAGUUAAACUCCUGUUUUUCUCAGAGUACUGUUUGUAUAUGUAGGUUCUCGUUCAUCCAAAUUGAUUCUAUACAUUUGUGGGCUUUAAACUUCCAACUCUGGCCCCAGUCACUUCAGAAAUGAUGACCUUUUUGAAGUGAGGCGAAACGUCUUCAAGAACCUCAAAUAAAUCCAGUUAUUCUGAACCUCAAACAAGUCCAGUUGCCCUUUCAACAAAGAAAUGGAUCAGAGUGCUGUUUUUGUUUGCAGGGAGUGUUCUAUCAGCUGUUUCUGUAGGAUAAAAAUCAUCUCUGUCUGUAAGAAAAGCUAUCUCUGUAAUUCUGUCAGACUGUGAAAAUAACAACCUGAGCCUGUAAGGGACAAAAAUCGACUACUUUAACAGAAUCCGUCUGGGAGAGAGCGGCAGAUAUUACAGGAAAAGCUGCUGGUUGAUCAAAUCUACUGAUAUAAUUUCACAACUGUUUGUUCCUGUUGGUCAAUCAGAGCUUGAAUAUGUAAACAAACAUGAGGUAACAAUCAAGCUUUCUAAUAAGACUUCAUGAAACCAGAAACCGUCUGACAAACUUCCUGGUUCUGCUUGUUAAGAUCACAACCACGAUACUCUGAUGACUCUCCACAGGGCAGGCCUCGCCGGUGUUGGAGGGUAUCACUGAGGAGGGAACAGACCCCACUCCAGAGGUGGUGGUGGCCCCCCCUCUUCCCCCAAAGAAGAGCCUCCCAGACCCCUUGGCACUGGGUCCAGCUCCACAGAAACCAGACAGACCUUCCUCUGUGAACCUGACCCCAUUCAUGCCUCCUCCACCUAUAGAAGGUAGCUCUGAUGUGGACUCUGUCACACCUGUAUGACCCUGUUACAGGUAACUGUCCUCUCAGUAAUGCCCCUCUGUCUUGCAGAUAUCCCAGCUCCCUUGGACUUCUCAGAGACCGACACCACCGAUGUCCCAGAGUUUGAAGACGUGACAUCCGACGCUAACUCACCUGAGCUCCAGGUGUCAGAGUGGGGAAACGGGGACUACACCAGUCCAGAGUCUCCUGAUGGACACAACCUUUCAGAACCUUACAGUAACGGGUUACCUUCUCCAGCAGCCGAGGUCCAUGCAGCACCAACAUACGGAGACAAUCCUCUGACAGAGACCAUCACCAUUCCCAUCUCUCAGGAGGCUCCUCCAGCCGAAGGGUGAGUCUCGGGCAUAACUCUGCUCUCUUUGUUCUAAAUAAUCCAGCUCUGGAUUUAAUCCCUGAUCCUGAUUUCCAUCCAGGGUUCCUGUUGUAAUUGGAAACGGCAUCUAUGAGAGCUCUGAAAAUGUGUAUGAGGAUAUUGGAGCAUCUGCCACAAAGAAGAGAGGAAAGACAGAAGGAAAGAAACGCAAAGGACCCCCAAAGAGUGAGUAAACUCAAGAUGUCUGACUUUACAAUCCAUUACAUCAUUAAACAACAUUAAAAUACAAAACCACCACAGUGAAGUUUUGAGCUGAUUAUUAAUCCACACACUUCAGAAGCUCCUCUGAAGUUAGGAUACACUUUACGUCCCCUUGAUGCAGCCAAAUGUACAACACAAGUCACAACUUAAUAACUUUCCACCUUUAACUAGAGGUAGCAGACUGCAGAUCGUCUGGUUUAAUCCAGUCUGAAUGAAAGUUUCCUGAUGUUUGACUAGUAGUAAAAGAGGAGAAGCUGCACAAUGACUAGUCUUCAGCAAAAGAAUUAGAUCCUAAUGUUUUGACCCUGUCAAACAAAAGACCUUGUACAGAGGGGUGGGGCACAGACAUAUACAUAAAUCCUGCAUACCAACAGGCUGAUAAGCACCAUGUUGACAGGUGUGAUCAAACAUGCACAGCCUGUUGAAUCUGCUCUCUCUGUCUUUGCUUACCCUUUGUUCAGCCGGAAUUGUUUCAUAUCGGUAUUUCAAAGUAGAUCCAGAGCUCUGGGUUGAAAAUAUAAAUACAAAUCAGCAGGCAUAUAUUGUGGGUUUAAUUUAUUUAUUUUUUACAGCUGUCCUCACUCUCUGUAAAAACUCGCCAGUGGUCCUGAAAGCUGUAUAGCUGUACCUCAAACCUGAACAAUCCUGUAGAUUUCUAUUAAGCGUCCUUUUUUCUCCCACAGAUCCGUACGCUGAAGCUGCACAGGAAACAGUAAGCUGAUUUUCAGUUUAAAAGCCUACCUUUGUUCCUGAAGUGUCUCUUAUAUGUCAGAGAUUUGAAUGAUUGAGGAGAAUUAAGUCUUAUCUGUUUCUGCUGUUUACAGAGUGAAGAGAAGAGCAAGACGGGCAGGUUUUGCAAGUAAGGACUCAGUUCAUAACCCACCUCCCUUUACAUGCACCCCUUAAAAAACACCCUGUCUAUCCUUUGCUGUUUAAAGUGAGGACAGUCUGCUGCUGUACACACAGCAGGGAGGCCUGCUCAGUCCAAAUGAUGCGUCCUUGCCUCUGUGUCCUGCAGGAACGAGAAGAAAGCAUCUACCGAGGGGCCGGACGAGAAGGAGCUGAAGAAGAAGGAGAAGCAGCGUCAGGAGAAGGAGAGGAAGGAGCAGAAGGAGAAGCAGGAGAGAGAAAAGAAGGAGCAGAAAGAGAGAGAGAAGAAGGAGAAUGAGAUGAAGAAGAAAUUCAAAGUGAGUGAUGUUUUUUUUUUUUUUUUGAUGAUGACAGAGGAGGGAGGGUGGGGUCUACGUCCUGGCAUUUAAACCUGUCUGGAUUCAUUCCUCCUGCUGGAGUCGAGCUGAGCGACCUAUGCAGCACGGAGGAAUCUGAGUAAACACCGCCUCAUUGUUUCUGUAGUUUGACACAGAUCUACAGAGCAGACUCUGCUUUCACUUCUUAGAUUAUUAAUAUCAUUAUCAUGGAGGUCUCUGGGAUCCACAUGGGCCUAUCAGAACUGAUGUUUAGGACCACUGUGCAGAUAAGAUAACUGUUAUCAUCAAGUGUUGUAGUUCCCCUCUACUCUUGCGGAUUAAAACAAUCCUGCUCCGUCCCAGCAGUCAAGCAAUGUUUAACUUUCCAGAAAUCUGUAUAAAACAGCUGUUUACAUCCUAUAAACUGUGCACCUGACACCUAACCCAGCAAGGACACUUAUGAUUUAUAAAUUGUCAUUAUUGUGAGAGAUUGUCUGACAUAGAUGAGACCAUCUGACUCUUAGAGACACCAAACUGUUCAAAUAGAUUUGAUUAUAUCCUCUUCUUCCUGCUGUGUCUCUAGAUCACAGGACAGGAGGACGCCAUGUAUGAGGCCACUGUUACUGUGACAACCAAAGGACGUAAGAACGAUCUGCCCGUCACAAGUGGGGACGUCAUCAGCGUCAUCAGGACAACAAACUGUCCUAAAGGGAAAUGGCUGGCUAGAGACAGCAGCAACAACUGUGAGUGCCUAAAAGCUUGAAAGCUUCUCAUUUACAUCCUUAUUCAAAUCUUAGAUAUAUUUUUGACUGUAUUUUGAAGAAGAUUCAACAUGUGUACAUUCAAUUUGAUGAAUCUGCAACAUGUUUGUAAAAAGCUGAUAAAGGGACAACCAAACAGGUAAAAAGUUGUGUAAUGCUUAAAAAAGAAAUAGGUAGAGGAACAUCUCCAACUAAUGAGGUUAAUUUCCAACAGGUUAGAAACAUGACUGGGUAUAAAAAAGACAUUCAGAGAGGCUGAGACUCUCAUAGGGAAAGAUGGGAAGAGGUUCACCUCUCUGUGUAUAUAAUAAAUACAUAAUAUCCUUAAAAGAUUCAUAGAAUCUGGAGAAAUCUCUGUACAAAAGGGACCAAAACCAAUACUGGAUGGUCCUGAUCUUCAGGGCCUCAGGCAGCUCUGCAACAGAAACUGUCAGGACCUUGUAGUGGAAGUCACUGCAUGGGCUCCAUAUUACUUGUCAACACAGUUCAUCACUGCAUCCACACAUGCAGGUUUAAACUGAACCAUGCAUCGCGUAUUUCAAGGCUUCAUGAAUGCUGAACAAUAUAUACAGGUUUAGGAAAUGCAGUUCAUUUUCUGUGUGUGUGUUUCAGAUGGGUAUGUUGCCGUGGAUCACGUGCGGCUGGACAUUCAGGAGAUGUUGAACAUGGGGAAGAAAGCAGCGAUCAGCCGCAAGACCAACAUCAACAACAACAACGUGGUUGAGCCAGAGGCACCCCGGGCAGAGAGCAGGUGUGUUUGUGUGUGUGUUUUCGUGUGCGUGUCUUUGUGUGUUUUGUUUUUUAUAUAUAUAAUUAUAACACUGCAGAGUCUUGUGACAAACACUGAUGCCCAUUUUUCUUUUUUUGUUUCUCAGAUCUUCAAAUCAUUAUCCUCUAUCAGCAGAGAGCUGUGAGUAACUUCUUCUUAGUUCAUCAUCAGUGUGUGUGUGUGUGUGUGUGUGUGUGUGUGUGUGUGUGUGUGUGUGUAAAUGUGUGAUAGUGUGUAUGUGUGCUAUAGUGUAUAUGUAUUUUAUUUUAGUGUAUAGUAAUAUUAUUUUAGUGUUUGUGCAGCAGUCUGAUGUGUGUGUGCUCAGUCACAGAUGACAGUGAGGAGUGGACUGGUGAUGAUGAUGAGCUCAUGACUCCUCCCCCUAACGUCACAGAUCCUCUCGCCUCACUGUAAGUCCAUGUCAGCAUGAAAAAAGCAUGUGAAGGAUUCAAAUCUCAUUAACAUAAUUUAUUAUCGGAUGUUUACUUAUUGAUGAAAAGCUGUUUCUCACCUCUGACCUGUCAUCUGCAGGGGUCACACCAGAACACUCUCCAUGCCUGACAUGGGUAAGAGCAAACUGACUUUUUUUAUUUGAUUUGAUCUGUGGAUUCAAACAAGCUAUCUGUACCCAAAUACAAACUCAUAUUUAAAAGUUUUUUUUCCUUAAAAAAUUGUCAUGACCAUCAAAAACACCAAGUUAGCUCUCAGUCAACAUUUUUUUGCAAAUUCAAUCCCUGCAUGUUUUUUUAUUUAUUUUAACCUUGCAGUUUUGACCGUUCUUUCCAACUUUCUGCACCAGGAAGUGGAUGACCUUUGCUGGGGCAUUUACAUCAGUCAUUCACAGCUAAUGUUUCAAACAAAAAAGCCUCAAAGGUCAAAUAAAACAGCUGUUAAUAAUGUGUCCUGGUGGUUUUACGCAGAAGGUUUUAAAUUCACUAAGACAAACCCUCAUAAAUUCAGUCUCUAUGGAGGAUCUGCAGCUUCUCAGCGUCUGACCUUAUUAAACAUGCAGUUAUUUAAAUGGGCAGGGCUGCUAACAAGGCCCUCCGCUGAUUGGCUGACAGAGUGAAGACGUCUGUGUUGGUUUCUGCGACCAAUAACAGAGCAGUGGGAAAGUCUAUCUUUAACCUUUGACAUCUUAACUCUACAAAACUGAAGCAGAACCAGAAUAUUGUAGUAGAAAACAAAGGGGGAGUAGUUUUCAUGCAGCUCUUUAGACGCUUUACUUUCCUAGCAGGUGGAACAAUGGGGGAAAUUUCACUUCCACAUUCUCAGGACUGCUCUGUUGGAAGAUUGCGCAGUUACUUCCUCCACAAGCUGGAAAAUCAAGUGUUUUAGGCAACAGUGGCGGAAUAUGUGCACGAAAAGCUGCAGGGACUGAACAGAGUUUACCUGCAUGAGUCUGGUCUUAUCAUCUUCCUGUGGGUUAUCUUUAAGAGCUGACAGAGAUCUUACAAAAACGCUGAUUUCAGAUCAGCAGAUCAGUGCUCAUACACAAACAAGGUUUAUUUAGGAUCACUCAUAUUCAAAGGAAUUUUAAAGGACAAAGAUGUUAUUUUCAUUGAUUUUAUUUGUGUUCAUUAUUGCAAUCACACCCUAGUAUAUUUGUCAUCUCUGAGACACAGUGAUGUUGGGUGAUGUUGCAUUGAUUUACUCUCCUCUUUUAAAUUAAAUUAUCAGAUGAACAACUUUUUAUGUUAGGUCUCUAAAGUGUUCAAAGUCAUUUAAAGUAUGAAACAUUAAGAUAACUGACUCCUCGGCUUUGUUUGCAGACAUUAAGUGUGUGAGCAAGUUGUUUGUGCAAACAGAAAGAUGAAUCUGCAAAGGUGUGUGUAUGUGUGAUGGUGGCUCAGCUGUUAUGGGUGAGUAAAUGCUGCAGGUGUCACUUAUCAGAGUGUUAUCUGUUAUACUGUCUUGAAGGAAACAAAGAGCUGAAUGUGAACCACCAGCACAGCCACAGUGACAUCAACCCAGACGGCACACAUGACCAGUGAGUUCAUAUAUACACACACUCUUAACACACAGACAUGUAUGUAUACAUACAGCUUCAGUGUGCGCAUGGACAGCCGAGUUCAUCAGUGUUUGUCUUUUUAUCAGAGCGAGACAUGAAGCACUUCAGAAGUUGGCCACAUUUUUCCACUCUCCUAAACCUGUGGAGCCAGCUGCCAGGUAGGCAUGCAGUACUAACCUGCUGUGCGCGCACACACACACACACAUAUGAACUGUGUUUAAUCUUUGCUUUUUCUUUGUGAUUGCAGCAGCACUGCACCAGAGACCGGUGAGUGAAAACUAAAGAUCUCAUUAUUUUACGAUUUUUUGAACAAAUAUUGAUGGGUUUUGUUGGUGAUGAGAUACUUAAUCAGAUGAGUUAAUAAUCACUCAGAUCAGUCCGUCUCAAACAUGAAGCACCCGAUACAUCUUCAAACACAUUAGAUAGACGUAUUUCUGAUCGAUCUUUCCCCUCUGUUUGUGUCUCAGGUCCUGACCUGGUGAAACAGGAAGCAGCUCCUCUGUAAGUUGACCCACAGACACACACACAGAAGAAUCUUAGACAUGUGGUUUAACCUGCAGAUGGACACUUUCCUCCUGUCAGCCUGGGAUGAGUCAGUUCAGAGACGGCAGAGAGCUCUGAUUGUUUUUGUGACUCAGAGUAGGAAUGAAGCUGCAGAGCGAGCUCUCAGUUUCCCUGUUCUGGGUUUUUUGGUCUUAGUUUCAUGGUUAACUUCAGCUCUCUCUCUCUGUAAUCUGGUACUGCAGCGCACCCUGCAGCCUGAUCUUUAGAUAGCAGAUUCAUGGUGUUGAUGUGUUUGCUUGUUUUUGUAGACCCGAAGCUGAUUCUGACCAGACACAAGAGCCGGGCUUUGACCCCACGUUCAUUUUACCUCCCCCUGAGCUCUACGCUGACCUGACUGUGGAAUAAUGGACACACAGGUGAGACACACUCACCUGAACUUUAGGUGCUCUUCAUAAAUGUGUGUUUCUUUGUAUUCCAAAUCCUCCUCUGGAGGAGCUCUAGAGGUUUCUAGAAAACUGUCUCUCAAUUUUAGAUUACAGAUAUUCAACGCUCUGCAAAGAUGGUAAAUGUAAAGACAGAGUCUCGCUCUGUUCCUGCUCUUGGCUGUCUUCCUUCCCCUCACCCUCAUUCCUCCUCUUCCUCCUCUCAGUUUGUCUCCAUCUUUUUCUGAUAUCACCUUAAGCUCCCCUCUUAUACCGGUUUAUACUGGUUUCAUCAUCAGUAACAAGUGUUUAGAGUUGCUGUGUGUAACUGUGUCACCUGUGCUGUUAUUGUGUUUAUAUCCUGAUACCCAUGGUUACCAGUGUGCAUCACAAGUUCACCAGAGUGUAAAAUGUACCUGAGUGAGUGAGAAUGUGGGAGGUGGCAGAGGAGGAUGGAGAGGACUAAGGUUGAAAACAGAGAGUAAUUUACUGUCAUGAACUUUGAUGCUAUCAUUUUGAUUUUGCUGGAAAAAUAGAAGUUUUGUGAAAGUAGUUUUUGUCCACGAUUUAGAUAAAAAGGUAGAAGGUUUAGAGAAAUGCGUUUGUAAACCAGCUAAAGUUUGCAUGAUUAAAAAUGUGAUCAUCACACACAGACAUGUGUUUCUCUUUCUGCAGGCGAGCAGAGGACACCGGCCGUCUGUGGAGUUCUUCUUCUUACAAAAACUGUGACAGUACCUUCACCUUCUUGACCUUUGACCUUUCUCACCCACUGACUGCAGUAAUGGAUCAGUAGGAGGAGGAUAACGGGAAUAUCUGGCUGUAAAGGAUUUUCUUUUUCUGCAGCUCUUAGAGAGAAACCGCUCAGGAACAGUUGACCUGGUGAUUCUGAGAGACUUUGAUACCUGAUCAACUGCUGAUCUCUGCAGAGGACUUAUGAUUUAUUUCAGACGCAAGAGCCUCUGAGACCCUGAAGAUAAAACACACACUGACUGUCAACACCAGGAGGUCAGAUCUGC